AGGUUUCGUCAUGGCUGAGCUAUUUAAGUGUGACCAGGAGUUUGUGGAUAUACAAGAUUUUUUCAAACUCUUAGAUGAUUACGAGUCAGCUACAAACUACAAAUUAAGAAUCUGGGCGUCAAGAACUAUUAAACAAUAUUGCAACGCCCACAGCAUAAUAAAUAAUUUUGGAGGAGAUUUUUAUUACUAUGAAAUUUAUAUUGAUUGUGUUUGUGGUCCGCAACACAAUAAGGAUCGACUUCCUUCACAUUGUUCUAUGAAGAUAAAAAUUCAAUUGAGUAUUAAUGACCGAAAAUAUAUCAUCAAAAAUUGGCAGCCAAAUCAUAAUCAUGAUCCAAGUUCUGAAAGCAGCGGAAGACAACGCAAAAAGAUAAAGUUGCAAACUUGGGCUGAUAGAAUGACAGCCUUAAAGGAAAAAUAUGAGAAGGAUGAAAAUGGAAGAUUACAUCAGAUUGAAGUAGCAUUCAAUGGACAUAUCUUUAAAAAAUGUCAAAAGAAAAUUAAAAGAAACAUUAUGAAGUCAUCAAUUAUUAACCAAAAGGUUAAAAUAACUUUAUUGAACGAGUUGUUAGUACAAUUUAAAGAAUGGGACAUGAUAGAAAUGUCAAGUGACGAAAGUCACGAAGAUGCGGUUCAAAAAGAAAUCCUGGAGAAUAACACAAAAGAUUUAUCUCCUGUUUCCCCUACAUGCCAACAAUCGGAUGGUAUUACUUAUGAUGAGAAAGAUAAUCAGACUGAAAAUAAAAAGCUUAAGAAAGGUUCCGAUUCAUCUACUGUUCUAUCUAAAAAGUUGACCAAUAUUUAUGGUGCCGCGGAGAAUCGUCAAGAAGAAACAUCAAGCUUAAAGGUUUUAAAAAAUACUAAUUCAUCUCCUAAUCAGUCUGACACUAAAUUGACUGAUGAUGAUACUCAAAACGACAAUCAUCAAAAUGAUGAAGAAAAUAAUAAAGCCUUAGAGCCUUCGAUUAAUUCUGAUUCGAUUCCUCUUCAAAUCGAAACCAAGUCUUCUGAUACUGAUUUGAACGACAAGAAUAUUGAAGAUGGUCGACAGACUGGAGCGCUAAAGUUUUCGACAGAUUCUGAUGUAGCAUCUGAUUCUGCUAAGCAGAGUAAAGUAAUAACUUUCUUGUCUCUGAUUUUAAACAAGAAUCAAUUAAAUGAGAUAAAGGCCGAUGUCGUUAUUUACGGCUUUCAAAAGGUUGACAGAGAGGAAUUAAAAAGUUUUUUUGACCCAAUUAUUUUUAAGGAACUGUCAGAAAUGAUAAAAAAAAAGAGAAUUCCGGAUGUAAGCAUCUAUGUGCGCAUUGUAAAAAAUCCGUUCUUACUUCAUUCAACGGAGUUAAUUGCUGCGAGUGUUGGUUACCGUGGCAUCUUCAAUAAAUGA